AUGGACGGUGAGCCGCCAGCCGGGCCCCAGGCCCGCGGCCCCGCCGCGCGGGGAGCGGAGCCGGGGGACGGCAGCGGAGCAGCUGGGGCGCUGCCCACCCCCGGCCCCCGCAGCGACGCCCCCGCGGCCCCCGGGGACAGGCCCGUGGCCGUGUCGGUUGUCUCCAACUCAGCCUUCGAGGGGGCUCCUCCCCCGUACUCGCCCCCGGACCCCAAGAGCUACCACCUCCUCUACCCGCCGUUCCCAGCCGGCUAUGCCCAGCACGGUCCCGUCAUUUACCCGCCGGGGCCGGGACCGCGGCCCUACCCAGGCCCGGGCUUCCACCCCGGGCCGCUGCCCUACAGCCCGUACCACCCGCCGCCGGGGCCCUCACCCGCCGGCCGCGGGCACCACCGGCCCAAGGACUACACGGUGGAGUCGGUGCUGGUGACCCUCUUCUGCUGCCUGAUCACCGGGGUCAUGGCCCUCGUCUACUCCCACGAGACCCGCGCUGCCCUCGCCCGUGGGGACAUGGCCCAGGCGUACCUGGCAUCCAAAAAAGCGCAGUCACUGGUCCUCAUCAGCCUCCUCAUCGGGUUGUUCGCCUCCAUCAGCUGGAUCGUCUACGUGCUGGUGUCCCUGUACCUGUGA